GGUUUUUUAACAAGCAGUAUCUUCUCUGUGUCCAGGCUAAGUUGAGCAGGCCUGAUUUGAAGGGAAUAACUGAGAUGAUACAAUCCAAGGCAAUAUUGUACCCAAGAAAAAGGAUAGGUGACCUUCCAGGUAUUGUCGUUGGACAUCGUUUUUUCUCAAGAGCUGAAAUGUGUGCUGUAGGCUUCCAUAACCAUUGGCUAAAUGGUAUCGAUUAUAUGGGACUUGAAUACAAAAAAGAGUAUAGCAAGUAUGAUUUUCCGCUUGCUGUUUCUAUCGUUUUGUCGGGCCAGUAUGAGGAUGAUCUAGACAAUGCAGAUACUGUGACUUACACUGGUCAGGGAGGGCAUAAUUUAACUGGUAAUAAACGACAGAUUAAGGAUCAACUGCUACUACGAGGAAAUCUGGCCUUAAAGAACUGCUGUGAACACCACGUGCCUGUCAGAGUAACUCGUGGUCAUGAUUGCAUAAGUAGCUAUACCAAAAGAGUAUACACUUAUGAUGGAUUGUAUGAGGUUGUAAAGUACUGGGCACAAAAGGGCGUUUCAGGAUUUACAGUGUAUAAGUACCAACUGAAAAGACUGGAGGGCCAACCAGAACUAACUACUGAUCAGGUUAACUUUGUUUGUGGACGCAUACCAAAGUCUACUUCAGAAAUUGAGGGCUUGGUAUGUGAGGACAUCUCUAAAGGGCUAGAAUUUAAGCGCAUUCCAGCCACUAAUCGCGUUGAUGAUUCACCAGUUUCACCAUCAGGUUUCACAUACAUCAAAUCUUUGAUGAUUGAGCCCAAUGUCAAAAUUCCUAAGAGUUCGACUGGGUGUAAUUGCCAAGGCAGCUGCACUGACUCAAAGAAAUGUGCGUGUGCUAAGCUUAAUGGUGGAAACUUUCCGUAUGUCGACCUUAAUGAUGGCAGAUUAAUUGAGUCUCGAGAUGUUGUAUUUGAAUGCGGCCCACACUGUGGGUGUGGACCUGCAUGUGUCAACCGAACUUCUCAGAAGCGAUUAAGAUUUCAUCUUGAGGUUUUCCGGUCUGCAAAGAAGGGUUGGGCAGUUAGAUCAUGGGACUACAUACCUGCUGGGUCACCCGUAUGUGAGUACAUAGGAGUUCUCAGGAGAACUGCUGAUGUCGAUACUAUUUCUGACAACGACUAUAUAUUCGAAAUUGACUGCCAACAGACAAUGCAAGGUCUUGAUGGAAGACAGAGAAGACUUAGGGAUGUAGCUUUGCCAACGAGAGUCAGUCAGAGCAGUGAGGAUGAAAAUGUACCAGAGUUCUGCAUUGAUGCUGGUUCAAAAGGGAACUUUGCUAGGUUUAUAAAUCACAGUUGUGAACCAAACCUAUUUGUUCAGUGCGUCCUGAGUUCUCACCAGGACCUAAGGCUUGCCCGUGUGGUUCUUUUUGCAGCUGACAACAUUCCCCCACUGCAGGAGCUGACUUACGACUAUGGAUAUACGCUUGAUAGUGUUCACGGGCCAGAUGGGAAUGUGAAGAAGCUCACUUGCUACUGUGGAGCGCUAAAUUGUAGAAAACGCCUUUACUAACAAGGCUAUUGGAUAAAACUCAUUUUUUGGUCACUCUAUUUUGGGGAGUACAUAUAAAUAGUAACUAUCUCCCAAGUGGAAAAGAACCCUUAUCAUCUUAUUGAAGGGGCUUUAGCAUUCUUCUGCAGCGUUACAAUUAGUGCUGCCUUUUGGGCAUUGUUGUUCCCUGAACCCUUUUAUUUUUAUAGGCAUCAUCGUAUUUAUCGGGUCGACAA